UUCAUUUCUUGCUGGUUUCCCAAUCCGGGGAAGAAGGUGGUGAAGUUCUUCACCGACGUCGUUGACACGUCCGUCGCUCACCGAGAGAAGCACCCAACGUCCGUGCGAGACUUCUUGCAGCUGUUGAUGGACACGAAGGACAAGGACGGUAACCGUGUGCCCAGCACCGCCAGCAUUGUCAGCCAGUCGUUGUUCUUCCUUGCCGGGUACGACACGACGGCCACGCUGCUGACGUUCUCGUCGUACAGCCUGGCUGUCAGUCCCGAUGUGCAGCGCCGGACGCAGCAGGAGGUGGACGAUGUUUUGGCCAACCACGGCGGCCAGAUGACGUGCGACGCCGUGCUGGAUAUGACGUACCUGGACCGGGUGCUCUCGGAGACGCUGCGCCUGUAUUCGCCUGCCACGCGACUCGAGCGCGAUUGUACCAAGGACUAUACUCUGCCUGGCACGAACGUGCACCUGCCCAAGGGCACUUUGGUGCAGAUACCGGUGCUUGUGCUCCACCGCGACCCGGACCACUACCCGGACCCGCUGCGCUUCGAUCCGGACCGUUUCUUGCCGGAGGAGAGGGAGAAACGCCACCCGUGCGCCCACCUGCCGUUCGGCCAAGGACCGCGCAACUGCAUCGCCAUGCGGUUCGCGCUGUUCGAGGCGAAGGUGGCGCUCGCGGCGCUGUUACAGAAGACUGGCAAGGUGCUGCGCUGA